GCAACACCAUAACACUCUUCAACGGUUAAGAUUCCUUUCGCGGCUAUCCGUCAAACCAAUCUCCACCGUUGGAUCUCCCACCCUCUCUCGUAAAAUCUUAAACCUAACCACGGUUAGUUUUUGGUCAGCUUGGUUUAGCUUUUCCUCUGUUCUUAAGUUUUUAUUUCCACAGAGAAAGAGAGUUCCUUUGCUUUGCUUGCGUGAUCUUCUCUCUCUCUCUCUCUCUCUCUCUCUCUCUCUCUCUCUUGAUCAUCUCAUCAUCAUUGGACUCGAAGAAGCAAGUCCAGAGUUUUAUCCUUAGAUUCGAUUCAUCAUUCUCAACGUUGAGUUCUUCUUAUCAUUCUCUGUUCCUCGUAGAUCUACUUUCUCUGUUUCGCUGUAGAUCUGAAUCUAAAACCUUCAUUGUUGCUAUCAAUUCGAGUAUUCUCGUGUAGCCCAUUCAUCUCUCUUCAUCAAAGCUCAAGACUUUCAAUAACCUCUCUGUUUCUCGAGCUUAGCUCCUCUGUUUCUCAAAGUCAAAGUCUCUUCCUUUCCAGUGAAUAAACAGAGCUCUCUGUUUCUCGAGCUCACCUACUCUGUUUCUCAAAAUUCAAAAGUCUCUUCCUUUUCUUUUUAGCGAAUGAACAGAGCUACCAAGCUCCGUCCAUCUACCUCCGAGAUGAAUUACUUCCCGGACGAGGUGAUCGAGCACAUUUUCGACUUCGUAGCAUCCCACAGAGACAGGAACUCGAUCUCUCUGGUCAACAAAUCAUGGCACAAGAUCGAGAGGUACAGCAGGCGUCAAGUGUUCAUCGGAAACUGCUACGCGAUCAGCCCCGAGAGGCUGAUCAGGAGGUUCCCCUGUCUCAGAUCUUUGACUCUCAAAGGGAAACCUCACUUCGCCGACUUCAACUUGGUCCCUCACGAGUGGGGAGGCUUUCUACACCCUUGGAUCGAUGCUUUGGCCAAGGGACGUGUAAAGCUCGAGGAGCUUAGGUUGAAGAGGAUGGUUGUCUCUGACGAAAGCCUCGAGCUUCUUUCGCGUUCCUUUGUGGGUUUCAAGUCUUUGGUGCUUGUUAGCUGCGAUGGGUUUACUACCGAUGGCUUAGCCUCAAUCGCUGCUAAUUGCAGGAAUCUUCGUGAGCUGGACUUGCAAGAGAAUGAGAUAGAUGAUCACAGAGGUCAAUGGCUAAACUGUUUCCCAGACACCUGCACCACGCUCGUCUCCUUGAACUUCGCUUGUCUCAAAGGAGAGAUCAAUCUGUCUGCGUUAGAGAGACUCGUAGCGAGGUCGCCGAACCUGAAGAGCUUGAAGGUGAACCGUGCGGUGCCGCUAGAUGCAUUGGCGAGGCUGAUGAGCUGUUGUGCGUCGCAGUUAGUUGAUUUGGGAGUAGGGUGUUACGAGAAUAACGAGCCGGAACCAGAGUCUUUUGCGAAGCUCUUGUUUGCUAUAGCGAAAUGCACCUCGUUGAGGAGCUUGUCAGGCUUCUCGGAGGUCGGUCAACUCUGCCUCACAGCGUUCAUUCCCAUAUCCGCAAACCUCACCUCCUUGAAUCUGAGCUAUGCAGCUGAGAUCCAAGGCAACCAUCUCAUAAAGUUUGUUCAUUUUUGCAAGAGACUUCAACGGUUAUGGAUACUGGAUAGUAUUGGAGACAAAGGACUUGAGGUUGUUGCUUCUUCGUGUAAAGAGUUACAAGAGCUGAGAGUAUUCCCUUCUGAUCUACACGAUGAAGAAGACAACAACAACACAGCUGUUACCGAGGUUGGACUGGUCGCAAUCUCUGCUGGCUGUCCUAAGCUUCAUUCGAUACUCUACUUCUGCAAACAGAUGACAAACGCAGCUCUCAUCACCGUGGCGAAAAACUGUCCAAACUUCAUCCGGUUCAGGCUAUGCAUCUUAGAGCCAAACAAACCAGACCACAUCACGUCUCAGUCACUAGACGAAGGCUUUGGUGCGAUAGUACAAGCCUGCAAGGGUCUAAGAAGACUCUCUGUCUCCGGUCUUUUAACAGACAAAGUCUUCCUCUACAUCGGCAUGUACGCAGAACAGCUUGAGAUGCUGUCGAUAGCCUUUGCUGGGGACACGGACAAAGGGAUGUUGGAUGUGUUGAACGGAUGCAAGAAGCUGAGGAAGCUGGAGAUUAGGGAUAGUCCGUUUGGGAACGCUGCGCUUCUUGCUGAUGUCGGUAAGUACGAAACAAUGCGAUCCCUUUGGAUGUCGUCUUGUGAAGUAACGCUCGGUGGAUGCAAGAGGCUCGCGAGGAAUGCGCCGUGGCUUAACGUGGAGAUCAUCAAUGAGAAUGAGAGUGGGAGGAUGGAGAGGAAUGAAGAAGAUGAGAGAGAGAAGGUUGAUAGACUUUACCUUUACAGAACCGUGGUUGGGACUAGAAAGGAUGCACCACCAUGUGUUACGAUUCUUUAGUCUCACUCCAUCUCUGGAUCUCUCAUGCUCUUCUUGAUGUCGUUUAGUUAGCUCAUUCUUCAAUGUACUUUGUUUCAGACAAGAAGCAGUGUUUUAAAUUUGAACCUGUUCUUUUUUUU